UUGUCAUUGUGCCAAUGAAAUGUGUUGACAGCCGACAUUUUCAAUUUGUAUAGUCAUUGCUACGAAAAGAAGUUAAAUAGAUUUUCUUCAGUUAAUUGAAAAAAAGGUUUCGAAAAUGCCUGAUUAUUUGGGAGAUGAUCAACGCAAAGUUAAAUCGGAGGAGUUAGAGGAGAAAGAAAUAAAGUCGUUGGAUGAAGGCGAUAUAGAGCUACUUAAAACCUAUGGUCAGAGUCAGUACCAUAAGGCCAUUAAAACGAUUGAGGAAGACAUCCAAAAAGCUGUAAAACAGGUUAACGAACUUACUGGGAUUAAAGAGAGUGAUACUGGAUUGGCACCACCAGCUCUUUGGGAUUUAGCAGCGGAUAAGCAGAUACUUCAAAAUGAACAACCUUUGCAAGUUGCUCGCUGCACCAAAAUAAUUAAUGCUGAUUCGGAUGACCCGAAGUAUAUCAUAAAUGUGAAACAGUUUGCAAAAUUUGUCGUAGAUUUGGCCGAUUCUGUGGCACCGACAGAUAUUGAGGAAGGAAUGAGAGUUGGAGUUGAUCGUAACAAGUAUCAGAUUCAUAUCCCACUACCACCUAAGAUUGAUCCCACUGUCACAAUGAUGCAGGUAGAAGAUAAGCCCGAUGUGACGUAUAGCGAUGUAGGAGGUUGCAAGGAACAGAUUGAAAAAUUGCGCGAGGUAGUUGAGACUCCACUUUUACAUCCUGAAAAGUUUGUAAACCUGGGUAUUGAGCCGCCUAAAGGAGUAUUGUUAUUUGGACCACCUGGAACUGGUAAAACUUUAUGUGCUCGUGCCGUAGCCAAUCGUACUGAUGCUUGUUUCAUUCGUGUAAUCGGUUCGGAGCUGGUACAGAAAUAUGUGGGUGAAGGCGCUCGAAUGGUGCGAGAGCUUUUCGAAAUGGCGAGAUCUAAAAAAGCCUGCCUUAUUUUCUUUGAUGAAAUUGAUGCAAUCGGUGGUGCUCGUUUUGAUGAUGGAGCGGGUGGUGACAAUGAAGUACAACGAACUAUGCUCGAGUUGAUUAAUCAGUUGGACGGCUUUGAUCCCCGUGGUAAUAUUAAAGUUCUUAUGGCUACUAACAGGCCAGAUACUCUUGAUCCAGCUUUAAUGCGUCCGGGACGUUUAGAUCGUAAAGUGGAAUUUGGCCUACCAGAUUUGGAGGGGCGCACUCAUAUAUUUAAGAUUCACGCCCGAUCAAUGUCUGUUGAAAGGGAUAUCCGUUUCGAAUUACUUGCUCGACUUUGUCCGAAUUCUACAGGUGCUGAAAUCCGUUCAGUAUGUACUGAAGCUGGCAUGUUCGCCAUACGUGCUCGUCGUAAAGUUGCAACAGAAAAAGAUUUUCUAGAAGCAGUCAAUAAGGUCAUAAAGAGCUACGCUAAAUUUAGCGCUACCCCACGUUAUAUGACUUAUAAUUAAACAUAACUCUUGAUAUAGUAUAGAUUCAAUGAGAUGUUUUUCAUUGUAAUAAAAUUUUCAAAUAAAAUUAAACAAUAAUGUUAAAAGGUAAAAAA